CUGAAGGAACAGCAAUGUUUCCAUUGUAUGAGUAACCUGUGUCUAUUGGCCGUUAUACUGCCAUACAGCCACUAGAGGCACGUCCGCUGAAAUAGUGGAGUAAAGCUUCUCUAUUUCAAUCAAAUGGUCCCAUGUGCAUUAGCCUACCAGUGCUUUCCUAUUGGAUCAAUCUCGAUGAUCUCAGACAAGAAGGCGGAACGGCGUGCCGGAGACCAACGCUGCGAGGUAGAAAAGACUGACGUGUAGGAUGCCCCCUACACCUCCCCACAACUUCUCCUGGGUGGAACCUGGGCUGUUGGCUGGCAUGGCUAUGCCACGACUCCCUGCCCACUACGAGUAUUUGUACCAGAAUGGUAUACGGCACCUGAUAACACUGACAGAGCACAAACCGCCGUAUCAUGACACUUGUCCUGGAAUCACUCUGCAUCGUAUUCGCAUCGUGGACUUCUGCCCACCAAGUUUGGACCAGAUCAAGAGCUUCCUCAAAAUCGUAGAAGAUGCUAACACCGAGAAAGAGGGAGUCGCUGUCCAUUGCAUGCAUGGGUUCGGAAGGACUGGCACCAUGCUGGCGUGUUAUCUGGUUAAAACUAGGAAGAUUACUGGGGUCGAUGCCAUCAAUGAGAUUAGGAAGAUCCGGCGAGGGUCCAUAGAAACAACAGAACAGGAGAAAUCCAUUAUACAGUUCCACCACUACAUAAAAUGAUGGGGGGGGCGGGAUUAACGAGGACUAGACAAUGUCCCAGCUUCACAGGACUGAGUUAAUCUGGACUUUCCACCAGCCGUUUGUUGUAUUUUCAUAAAACCAUUAUUUUCGUGAACUGAAGUAAAAUGAUUUUCGGGGCCAAAAAUGAAAUUUGGAUGGUCAUUGACUCUAUUGGGUUUCCAUAACUUCAAACAUAAUUUACUGUCUUGAGAAGAUGUUUUGUGGUUGUUUUUCAUCUUCUUCGGGAUCACUUCAGUAUAAAAACCAAAUUGGAAU